AAAAGAGAGCUAGAGUUGGAGUUAGUAUUGAAAGUUUUAACAUGGAGAAUGAAGCAAGAAAAGUGGCAAAGGAACCGUCAAUGGGAAGAUCAAGAAAAGGGUGUAUGAGAGGGAAAGGAGGGCCAGAAAAUGCUCUUUGCAAUUACAGAGGAGUUAGGCAAAGAACUUGGGGCAAAUGGGUGGCUGAAAUCCGAGAACCAAACCGCGGGGCUCGUCUUUGGUUAGGCACUUUCAACACUUCCAUAGAAGCUGCACUUGCUUAUGAUGGUGCUGCUCGCAAGCUCUAUGGCCCCUCAGCCAAACUCAACUUGCCAGACCACUCAUCAUCACCUCGCUCGAGCGAGCCAGCAGUCACGAGCUUAUCUAUGGGGAACAACUCAUCAUCUUCGGGCUCUUGUGGGAGUGAUAAUGGUUCGGUUAAAGAAGAGGAGAGGACAUUCAUGGGAGAUGUGUCUAGAGAGAGUUUAUGGGAAGGGUCAUCGGUUCCGGGUUUGAUUGAUGAGUUGUUGGCUGGAAACAAUUUUCUGGAGGUGAAUGAUAGUGGGGAUCCCAUGAGUGGUUUAAUGGAUGAGGGAGAGUUUUUGGACUGGGAUACCUUGCACUUGCAGGUUCCAUGGAGCUUGUAAGGUUUUCGUGGAUUAGAUAGUUUUUCUUGUCUUGUUGGCGUGUAGAUUGUAGACUACUUUCUAGUUUCUACGUUGAAGAGUUUUCACUACUCUCAGACUGUAAAAUAAGUAAAUU